AGGUCUUUGUGGAGCCCCUCCUCAGAUCGCUCGAGACUGAUAAGCCAAUUAUACCCAAAUCCAACCCUCUCUUUCAGUUGUUGUCCCACAUCUCUGCAUUGACGGCUGUUUCCAGUCAGAUAUCCCAACGGCUGGGGGACUGUGUUCUUGAUGAAGUCUGGUCAGACGAAUCUAGUAUGAUUGGAACCAUCUUCUUGGACGUCAAAGACUCUCUGUCGAUUUUUUUGAAGUACGGUCAGUCGUAUGGCAAGGGCAUGAAGGCUCUCAGGACGCUUAUGAAAUCCAAGCGGACAUCGAUCUCUGCUGCACCCUUUUUCUCGCCGGUGAUUUCGCCGACGGACAUCUCCUCAAAAGCGCCAAUGGCCGGAGGUCCUCGUAUGGACAAGCGUCGAUCGUUACCAGCUAUCUUUUCGCUAAACUCUGCUCCAGGGGCACCAUCGUCGGCCCUGUUGGAGUCUACUGGGUCCAAAUCCAACACUGGUUCUGACCAGGCCAAUGUCGGCAAGAGCAAUACCGGAUACACCUCCCGCAGCAACCAUGGGACGCUAACGACCAUCGGAGAGUUCUCCGAGUACCAGCAUUUCCUCCGCAACUGUGUAGGAGGCAAGGAGACGACUAGCCGGUUCAGUCUUACGGACCUUCUUAUCCUUCCUAUUCAGCGAGUGACGCGUUAUUGCCUGCUACUGAAGGACCUGAAAAAGCAUACGGAUGUCGAGCAUCAAGAUUAUAUCUGUAUUGUUCAUGCACUGGAGCAGCUGCACACCCUGGCUCUUGCUACCAACAAUGUGCAACCAUUAUCCAUGCGUCAGUGAAGGGUGCGAGUGCGAGUUCCUUUUCUUCUUUUUAUUCAUAUUAAUUUUUUUUUCCUUACUCUUUAAUUUUUUUAUUUUUUAUUUCUGUCGUCUGUUCUUGUUUUACUGUAACAUGGUUAUUUGUCUUUGAGGCCUGCAUGUUGUU